GGUCUCUGAUGGAUCCUGCCACAUCCGUGUGGUCAUCACACCCGAAGCUCUGCAGGCAGAGGAAAAGUGGGUUCCACCSUGACUUGGCAUGGCUGGGACAGCAGUUCUGCCUGCUGCUGUGAGGAGCUGGGGCUCCUGCCUGGUCUUGUUUCAGGUUGUGUUUAGCUAAAGCAAAUCUCAGGGUGGGAAAUUGGUGUGCAAGAGCUCUUCAGAGAAGAAAGCCAGAAUGCACAUGCUCCAGUGUCCCCUGGUUUGGAUGGGCAGGGACCUGUGGCAGAAGCUGUGAUGGCUUUAGAAAGGACCGUAGAGCCCAUGGGUUUUGUGAAAGGAGCCAGAGCAUUAACCAUGGCAGCCUGGGCUGCUCCWUCAGUGCUUUCCUCCAUUUCCACAUUUGGACACUCUUUUAUUGGUGGGGGUGCUGGUAGCAGAGCCAAGGAUAAGCAGCAGGAGGAAGAUGCUCUUAGGCAGGAAUCAUUAAGGAAUAAGGAGCCCUUGGUCCUGGCUGCUCAUGCUGAGAUUGUUCCAGAAUGSCCCAGUAUGGYUGGCAGAGUUGUUGGGGAAACCCCRCUGUGUGUCGGGGGGGGUCCAGCUCUGUUCUUCAAGGCAUUCCUGCUCUGCUCCUUUUCCAGCGCCCACCUGCAGCUCAGUCUUUCCAGCCUUACUUGCAGAAUUAUCGUCCUGCAGAGGUACACAGUGUGUUUUCAGGAGGAGGCCAGGCUGGAACCAGGAUCCUGCUGUGGUGAAGAAGAUAAAGGAGCUCUGGCAGAGGAGUCUCGCUGUGAGGAGCGCUCCCAGCUCAGAACCCUCMGUCUCUCAGCUGAUUGAUGCCAUAGGACAGAACCAGCUGGAGAUUUUGAAGAGUAAUGCUGAGGAAUGCUUAGAUUUAGAGAAAUCCAAGGAGGAGCCAGUUACAGAGGAGGACGAGGUUCCCAUCACCCCAUGGGAGGCAGAGUGCACGAAAGAGCAGGGUGAAGAUGUUUUCGUGGUCCCAGUCAGCGCYCUGGUGAUCCCUCCUGAGGAGGAGGCAGUUGUUUGUGAUUCUUCUGAGGCUGCAUGUGCAGGCUACACAGAUACAAGCAAAACAGUUUCUGGAAAGAAUGGUGAUGACAGGAUGGUGUCAGGAGACCCGAGUGUUGUGUCCCAAAGCAGCUGUGCCGCAUCACCAACCUUGUCAGAUAGCUUGGAGGGAUCCCUGGACAACCCCUGGAACAGGCUGCCCUCAUUGUCUUUGACCAUGAGCUCUUCAGAUGAAAAGACCUUUCAAACUGAUGCUUCCCUGAAGACCCAGAAGGAUGUGACGGCUGACAGCAACACCACCGACCUGCUGGAAGUGUGUAGCCAGGACUCUGCCGAGGCCUUGCCACAGGAAGAGCCACAGGAAGAGCCACAGGAAGAGCCACAGGAAGAGCCAGUACAGACCUCCUCUCUCUCCCUGCUCCACUCCUACAGCAAUGCCAGUCCGGUGGAAGUCAGCACCAGUGAGGCAGCAUCAGCUGCAGAGGCAGCCUGGGAUACCUCGUGUGCUGCUCCAAGCCCCCAGGAAUUGAAGGGCUCUCAGACCACCCUGCCCACUCCUUCCCCAGUUUUUCCAGUCUUGCCCAGCAGCAGCUUUCAGUCCCUGUCCGACAGGAUGCCUCGCAGGGARGAGGCCUGCUCCAGUGGCAUAGCUUCCUCUCCAGAUGUGUUGAAGCCUGGACUGGCCCACACCAGGACAGAGAGAGGAGAUGCUGUGGGUGCCAAGAGAAAGCUGGAAGAGGCCCCCAGUGGGCAGCAGCAUCCCCCAGGCACCUCAAGGGACAGGGGGAGAGGCAUAGUCAGGAGAUUGGAGCUCAUGAGCCCACCAGGUGCAAAGAAGACCAGAAAAGAGACAGGGCUGUGGCAUAGAAGGGAGCUUGAGGAGGAAGAGGAGGUGGAGGAGGAAGAGGAGGUGGAGGAGGAAGAGGAGGUGGAGGAGGAAGAGGAGGUGGAGGAAGAAGAGGAGGUGGAGGAGGAAGAGGAGGUGGAGGAAGAGGAGAAGGAGGAAGAGCUGGAGGAAGAGCAAGCAUCCCCCGUGAGAGCUGGAUCCAGCUCCAGCCUGGAUGAAUGCAGAACUCCAGAGCUGUUCCUGAAGAGACUGCCYCAGUACCAGUACAAGGCACCGAGCCCCGAGCUCCGCCAGCAGAUGCAAUCUAUCAGGAUCUCAACAGCAAUGCUGAAGUGGGCAUGCUGGAUUCUGACAGAGGAGGAGGAGGAGGAGGAGGAUUCCUGAGCCCAGCCCAUCUUUCAUUCCUUUGUUUCUUCAAUGGGUUUGCCAAAGCACUGGGAAGAGUGGUUGGGGGAGGGAUGAGGGGACACCAGAACCCCAGGGAACUGCAGAGUGGGCUGGCCUGAUCUCAGAAACCCUGGUUCCAGGGGUGCUGGCAUGUUACUUGUUGAAAGCCAGUACCCUUAGCGCAAAGACGGGAGAAAAGCAUCCAUUUGGGAACGCUUGCAAGUGAGCUGGCAUCCCUUUCCUACCUCUUCAUGCUUUCCAAAUGCCUUGGCCCAGCAACUGGGGACAAGAGGUGACCCACUGCCACCAUAGCAGCGAUGGCAGAGUCYGCACAACCUGAUCCUGCUCCGAAGGCACCCCAGGAGCUUGGAUGGUUUAUUGAAUAGUUUAGGUAGGGUCCUGCACUGUUUGUUACAAAAAAUAUUUCACAGGGUUAUGCUGUAGAAAUUAAAAAUAAAAAUUGUAUAUUUUUUAAAUACACAGCUCUUGUAUUAAAAAAAAAAGAA